GAGGCGGGGGCGGGGAUGAGCCGGAAGGAGGGGGCGGUGGAGGCGGGGGGAGGGGAGGGGUCGUCGUCGCGGGCGGAGGGGGGCGGGGAGCUGGCGGAGGCGCUGGCGCGGCGGCGGCUGUACCGGGAGGUGACGCUGGCGCUGCGGGCCGGGCUGCGCGACGCCGCGGCCGACUUCUCCUUCCUCCGCGCGCGGGGGCUCCGCAGCCUGCUCGGCUUCCUCCGCUCCACCGCCGCCGCGCCCGACGACUCGCAGCUGCUCCUCUUCCGCCACUCCCAGUCCAUCCCCGAUCUCCAAGUUAUUCCAGUUCUCUUUCAGAAUUCAUUGCAUCAACCAAAGGAUCCUGCUGUGACAUUGGACCAUAUAUUUGGAGUCGAACCAACCAAGAUUACGAGCCCCUCAACAGAUUCCGAAAUUGCUCUAGCUCUUCGAGUUUUGGAAGGUUGCUGCCUUUUGUAUAGCAGAUGCACUGCUCUGGCCCACAAGUACAAGGCUGUGCAGGUACUGCUGAAUAUAUUAGCCAGCCGAGGUCCAACUGAGCAAGGGGUGUGCUUAGAUGCUCUGAUAUCGUUGAUGUUGGAUUCACCUUCGAAUCAGAUUGAUUUUGAGGAAUACAGUGGACUUGAAAAGGUUGCUGAGCUUUUGAAGGAUAUUCAAGUGGAAGAACACAUAAGGUUGAAAUGCGGGGAAUUUUUACUGUUGCUCAUCGGGCAUGUUUAUGUGAAGGAAAACACUCCCAUACAUGAGCAGAUGAGAAACCUACUCGGGGAGCAGUGUGCGUCACUCAUAUGGGCAGCGAGCCGGUUUGGAUCCACCCUCGAUGCAGAGCAGAGGCAGAUGGCCCUGCAAAUACAAGCGAGGAGAGUCGUUGAAUCCCUGGAGCCCUACUAGCCAGGACAACCGCACCGCUGUGUUCCUGGCGAUGAAUGACAUGUCACCGGUCUCAGUUGCAUGCUUCAUUCUUUCCCGGAGAAAAUGGUGUAUGUAGCCUUGCAUCCUCCAUUUUGCCGCUCAUCGCAAAGCCUUUUGUCUUUCUCUUUUUGUGCAAAGCGAUUCUUAAGUUUGCUGCUUGUGUAAGUUUAUCCGAAAAUAAAUUGUUUUGCCUUUGUAAAGAUGGUCCUAUUUAGGUUUGUUUGAUGACAUGUAGAGGAAGUGAGUUUGGGUUUAAACGGUUGAAGCUGUGUGUUUGGUCCCAUUUGAAGACCAUGGGAUGAAGGGAAAGAUUUGAUACAUGAAACUUCCAAAUUUGGCAACAACAAAAAAUGAUGUGCCAUUAUCAAUUUGGCCAGCAUCGUCUACAGCCAAGAAUAAAAACGUUGCAUGUUGCCUUA